GGAAGGGUGAACAUGCCCCAGGUUGCUGAAUUUGAGGCAGUGGCGCGCCAGGUAGGAGGGCGUCCUCUCAGUGAUGCCGAAUGGGCUGAUGUGCUCUCUCCUACCAUGUGGAUCGAGGGGCGGAUACCACAGGACAGAGUGACGACCUAUGUGUCCCAAACACAAUAUUCGUCUAGCCGAGAAAUCAUAUUACUUGAAAUUGAACCUUCAACAUUACUGCCUGAUGCAGCUAAAGAAGCCAAAGAUUCCAAUCUUAGGCAGUCGGAUACACUCUUGAAAUACUUUAAUUCUCGGCAACGGUACGGUGUAGUAGGACACAACAAAACAAAGGUCAAGGACUUUUACCUUAUUCCUCUUUAUAAAACGAAUGAUAUUCCCGAUUGUCUUUACGUUGUCCGAAUUGAAGAAUCCAAGCGUGAUUGCGAUCUAUUUCUUGGAGUUCUUGUUCUUACUAAACAAUUAGAGCAGCGGCCGUUACCUAUCCCAGUAGCUUACCAAAACCACCCUCCUUAUGAACCCUAAGGAUGUUAUAUUUCUCCAUUCCACAUACUCCUUCCUUUUUCCAUCUCCUCAUCUUUUUUUUUAUUCUUCCUACUCUUCCUAAUAUUCCUCCCCCUCCCUCCCCUUAACUCGCGUAGUAGUAAUAACUGUUAUUUCUUAAAGACCAAUAAACUUGUUCAUUCGAUAAUC